GUUUGGUCUUAAUCCUCUUUUAAGGAAACUUCCUUGCCUUAACCUCCAUCUGCAAUUACCGCAAUUUACAAAAUGCCAUACGCUUAAUCUGGGUGGCUCACAAGCCACAUGUAGGUUUCAAUCUCCGUCCAACAGUGAAAUUUUUUUCUGCCCUACUCCCACUAUCGCCCCACCAUCCUCCUCUCUUCCCCUCCCUCCUUACAAAUACUAAUUCAAAACCAGAAAAGCCAUCACACAACGCUGCUCCCCCCCCCCCCUUCCCUCCCCCGGGUCCUUCCUUUCCCAGCAUCUCCUUCCCCGGUAUUCUCCAUUCAAGGGCACAGCUAUAUUGAUCAUCCGUUCCUUUUCCGUUUCGCCCCUGUUUUCCGCUACACCCUCCUCCUGGGCUCCUUCCCUCGAUUAGUAUUCAUAAAAUUACUCUGAUUCUAUAUAUACAAAAACUUGAACAGGGAGUACUGAUCCGUUUUAAUAUAUAUGGCAUCUUUGGAACCAAUUGUGGAUUCCACUAGCUCGGAAACACACCGGGAAGGCAAUCAGAGAAAGCGUAGGAAAAUCGGGCACGAAUCCAGCAAUGGUCAUAAGCCGCUCGCUCCGUUUCCUUGGAGAUCCGAGACGGAGCAGCGGAUCUAUUCCUCCAAGCUCGUCGAAGCUCUCCGCCGUGUUCUUCGCCAGAGUCCGUCUUCUGCGGCGAAACCUCGCCUCGGACGCGAUGUUCGUGAGAUCGCUGACAGAGUUCUAGCAGUGACGGCGAAAGGCAGGACUCGGUGGAGUCGGGCGAUACUGGCCUCUCCUCUCAGUCGGAGAAAGUUCCAUAGGCAGCACAAGAAGGUCAAGAAGGGAGUGAACGGGUUGAAGAAACCGGAGGUUAGCAGAGAGAGGAGGAGGCUGCCGACAGUACAGAGGAAAGCGCGAGUUCUUAGCCGGUUAGUUCCCGGUUGCCGGAAGGCUUCGCUUCCGAGUCUUCUGGAAGAAACCACUGAUUAUAUUUCAGCCUUGGAAAUGCAAGUGCGAGCCAUGACAGCGCUCACCGAGCUACUCGGAUGUGGCACGCCUGCCGAUCGGCUCGGGCGGCCUCGACCGUGAAAACGUCGGAGACGAGUUUGACGGCCGCGUUGUUAAGCGCACCCUGGGUGUUUUUUCGCCCUUUAAAUAUGUUGGAUUUUAAAUUUAAAUUCAUGUAUUUUAAUGUGUAUAUGGCUUUCUUUUCCUCCUCUAGGGCUGAGUUCCUCUAUCACCAUUUUGUUGUUAGAAUUCUUUUGUUGAAUUUGAUAUGAGCAUUGAGCGAUGAGCUGACGUAUAAUACCAGCUUUGAUUCGUUUCCUUUA